UCUUUUAUAAAUAUCGAGAAACGCCUUAAAAUAUUAAUACCCUAGCGGCACUAGUGGAAUACAGCACUGUUGCACGGAAGGGUUCAUUUCCAUCGCAGUCGAAGGAAGCUUGCUUCAUCCUCCACAUUUAAAGGAAACGACGUUAUUUCACGUUGAAGUUCUACUAUCUACCUGUAUCGUGUGAACUCAGACAAAAUCAACUGUAAUUUCUCACUAUAGGUUUGCUUUUAAAAUGUUGCCUUGCGGUUUGCAACACUUGAUUCGUUUAAUGUAGGUACCGGUACUUACGUACCUAAGUACUAGUAACAGACCAUUCUUUGUUGUUUAUAACCAAAGAUCAAUGAACACUUGCUGAAAGUACGUAAAUAAACAGUAAACAUAAUUGAUUAAGAAGUAUGUCUGCUGUGUAUCCGACUUUGCCUGCAUUGGCUGUACGAGAUGGAUUUGAUGAAGAAGAUUUGACAGACAUCGACGAUGAAGUGUUUAUCAGAGAUGGAAAAAAUGGUGGCCUAAAAUUAGAUGAUGAUGGAAUAGUUAAAAGACCUCUAAUGGCGCCUCGUAGAAAAUGUAAAAAAUCAUAUGGUUUUGAGACGUAUAGAUUUUCUAACAGAGCUUGUAAUAUGUCUGUUUCCUCUGGGCUUACGGCUUUGAUAGUACUACUAGGCUUAAUUACACUAUGUUUAUAUAUUAUAAGUAUAAUUCCUGUGCCAAUGCCAAUUUUAAAAAAUUGGUUGUCACGUGAUUUUGAAAAACCAUCAAAUGAAUCAGCUAUAGUUCCGUGUACAUCACUUGCGACAAAUAUUUUAUGGACUAAAUCAUUACCCAAACUCACCUCUGAGGCUCCAUUGAGAAGCAGUGAUGUUAAUGAUGAUGGGAUAGAGGAUAUCAUUGUUGGAUUUAAUACAGAUUUGGAUGUGAUGGAUACACCAGAAUACAUUUGCAUAUCCUACUUUGAUGGACAAGUUCCAUGUUUUGGUGGAGUUAUAGCUUUGGAUGGUAAAACAGGGGAUACACUUUGGACACAUUGGACAGCUCAUGCAAUUUAUUCAGUCGAUUGUGGUUUAGAUUUAACAAAUGACAAAAUCAAAGAUUGUAUUAUAUGUGGAUAUGGUGGGAUUCUUCACGCGAUCAAUGGACUUGACGGGUCUAGUAUAUGGGAAGCACCAGUUGAGAGAUUAUCAUCUUCUGAAGAUUGGAAACUUGCGGAUAUUUAUGAUGCUAAAUUUAUCGCGGAUAUUGAUGGCGAUGAAAUUGGAGAUGUCAUUGCAUCGCAUACUAUACAGUCGAAAGAAAUUCAAUUAAGCGAAAUUCUUAUGAUAUCAGGAGUAAACGGAAAUAUUAUACAUAAAUCAGUUCUUCCAAACGCAGAGAAAUUAUUUUUAGCGCCUCAGAAGUUGGUCCAUCCAGACGGAGAAAGUAUUUUUGUUUUUGUGACCACUGGGGAACAGAAAUCAGGAGGAUUAUAUAUAGUUUCUCAGGUGAAUUUAAUAUAUGGUAACUUGAAAUUAAGAAAAUUACAUCAUGAUACAGGGAGAGGUACACCUUUGCCUCCAAUUUUGGUGGACAUCACUUUAGAUGGAAUUGAAGAUAUUGUUACUACUAUGUCCAACUCUACAAUUAUAGUUUAUAAUGGAUUAACAUUUGAACCCAUUUGGAAUUAUACAAUUCCUAAUUCCAAAGUAAUAAGUGUUCCUAUUCCGGGUUAUUAUAAUGACGAUAAUACUCCAGAUUUCAUGGUGAAACAUCAAAUAGGGUCAGACUUUCCUACAUAUAAUUACACAAGUACGACAAUUGUAGAUGGAAAAACUGGCGAACCUUUACUUGAAAAACCGAUAGAAGGCAGUCUAAGUAAACAAAUGUCAGGUUUAUCCGUUACCGUUGAAGGUUUUGGAAAUGAUUGGUUUUUACAUUGGUCGGUUGAAUGCUUAAAUUAUGAAACAGACAAAGAAAAAUACCAGUCAUUAAAAAAUGAAAAUCAUAUGUUUCAAUCUCGUGCUGACUUUUGUAAAUUAAGAUUUAAUUCUACUUUGACUACAAAAUUAUAUGCUUUAAGUCAACUUGUUGGACCACCUGGUAUAUCGUUAUAUUUUUCCGAAUACUUGAACUUUAAAACAGACUUACAUUCGAAAACGCCAUUUGUAUCAGAAAGAUCGCCUAAAAAAUAUGAAAGUCAAAAUGAAGAAAGCAAAACUGACAUCACGAAUUCUGAGCUUGACAAAACAUUUGUUAAAUACGCAUUACAUAAAAAAUUUGAAGGUACUGAUUUCCAGAAUGAAAAUGGAGACAAUUUUAAUAAUGACUAUAUUUGGAAAAAUGAAAAUGGUUGGACACAAAAGAAUGUACAAAGUAAGGAUUAUGAUGGCUCGUAUGAUAGGGAAAAUAACAUUAAUGCGGGAGAGGAACAGUCCGUUGACUAUUCUCAAGUAGAUCCAGUGCGAGAAGAGAGAAGUUAUAUCAGUAAUAAAACGAGUACUAUAAAUGAAACAAAUACAUUUGAACAACCUAAUGAGUAUGAUAUAAAUUUCCUUACAAAAGUUAAUGCAAAAAGUGAUAUAGAAACUUCAAUUUUAAGAAAACGGACUGUAAAUUUUGAAGCAGAUAGCAUAAAUAAUACAAAUAUAUCAACUGAAUGGAAUUCUAUGGAAGUUGUUCAAACACAUACUCAAAAUUCUCCUAAUAUUAUACUAAAUACGGAAGAAGAUUCUUCUAUAGAAAAAGUAUUUAAACGAGAAUCACUGAAAAACCAAAAUAAGAAAAAAUCUUCCAACGGGAAUUCAAAGGUUUUAACAAAGUUGACAAAUAAAUUAAAAUCGGAAUUACAGCAAGAAAAAAUAAAAAGAGAAACAGAUAUUGAGACUAAUCAACUAUACCGAAUAUACAAUGUACACAGACAACCGCCAACUGGAAUAUUGUUACCUUCUAUUUCAGAAUCAAAAGAGACAACUUCCAUAGAUCUAGUAUUUUCUACAUUCUGGUUACCAUCUUCUGAAAUAUCUAAAAUGUUAAUUCAAGAGGAUUUAGAUUGUAUUAAUAGGAAAAAAAUGCUUUUGCAAAAGAACAUGCCUUACAGACAUGAGGAUGAUUUUAUUAAAGAAUGCUUAGCCGAACGUGGUAUUAAUUACAAAAUGUAUCAGGAAGCAACUGACCGAGAAAAUUUUAAGAUUUCUUUCGGACAAAUGACAAUAUAUAGAAUGAAACUUGAAUGUACAUGCCCAGAGGAUAUGAUGCCUAAUGAAAGUUGCAAAAAUAUUUCUUUACAUCAGAGUUGGUCCGAAUAUUUGGGUUCACAUGGGAAUGGAUAUUUUAAAACACUUCGUAAAACACAGUUAUAGAUAACUGUGUGCUUAUAUCAAUUAAU